UUUUUCUCGUAAAGUAAUAUAAAAUAAUGUGGGGGAAAAUCCUCCGCCAGAAAAAAGGAAAAGCAUAUCAUUAAAAUAUGUGGCUUCAAGCCUAAAUUAAUCAUUAAAAUAAUAAUUUAAAAAAAUAUAAACGAAACGAAGAAGAUGAAGAAGGAAUGAUUCUAGUGUUGUAGAGAAGAGAGAUUCAUUUUGGUUUCUCCAAGUUCAUAGCCUCACCGAUUCGCUCUAUGAUCUGAUUGUGAAUCUCUCUCCGUAUCUGGUGAUGAGUGUGUGUGGAUGAAUGUUAUGGAAAGAGUGGGUGAAGAAACAGUAGGGAGUAACAACGUGCAAUUGAAAGGAGGAAGAGUUGAUGAUGUUCCUUGCACUGCGCUUCAUAGUGAAUCAGAUGCUGGGAGGAGCGAUUGUCCUGGAAGCUCAGCUCCUCCAGGGGAUAAGAUCUCCGUUGAAGAGCUGACUUAUAGAGCUGCUGUUCAAGGGACUAGUCAUAAUCAUAUGGAGAGUUCUAGGCCCGCUGGCAAGUUUGAGCAUCUCUACCGUCUCGGCUCUUCUGCGUUUAGGGGAGGAGAUGUUGAUUCUCAGCCACGUGAUGUGGAUCAGAUGUUGUCGAGGAUCAGGCAGCAGCUCGCGGGGGCUCCUUCCGAGAGGCAGAACUUGGUGAAGCCUUUUGUGAACAAGAGGAGCGAUCAGAAUCUCGAGGCUUUCUCCGAGCGUCUGAGAGCAGCUGGUGGAGAGAACAGCGUGGGGCCUGCGUGGAUCAGCGACGGUGUCCAGUUGAAAAUGACUCCGUUGAGUUCUUCCAGUUUUUCUCAGCUGAUACUCAAAAGAGCUAUGAAGGGGAAAGGCGUGGUUGGUAAACACCAGGAUGCUCCCCCUCCUGAGUUUGAUAAUAGCAGCAAGUCGCCUGUUGCUCAAGAACCAAUCCCGAAAGGUAAUGGGAUUGUAUCGCAUGGUCAAGGGAAUCAUACUAAUAACUCUUCUUCUGGUGGAAUCAGUUUGAGGGAGUUUAUUAGAUCGAGUUAUGGUAAACGAGAGAAACGACACAGCCUUUCUCUAUUUAGGCAGCUGGUGGAGCUGAUUGGCUCAGCUCAUUCACAAGGAUUGUUUUUGCUGGAACUGAGACCAUCGCUUUUCGCUUUGGUCCCGUCGAAGAAACUUAGAUAUAAUGGUACUUUUGGAAAGAGCAAUGUAGAGUCGGAUGUUGACGAAGAUUUGAAUAGGAAGAGGCACGUGGUUCAUGAAUCAUCUGUUGUGGGUAGGGAUUUGAAGAAGAGAAGAAUGGACUUGAACGCUCCAGGGAAUCAACUUCUUCAGGCCACUUUGACUGGGAGACCUUGCAAAAGGAAAAGUCCCUUGAUUGAUUUAAACGUGGUUGAUGUACGUAAUCCAGACAGUUGUGAACUUCAACAGCAAAGCUAUAUGAAAAAUUUAGGCGUGCCUUCAGUGACGAGAAAACAGUCCAUGUCCACUUGGCUAGAAGAGCAAUGGUAUACUUGUCCAGAGGAAAUAAAUGGAGAAGAUAUCGGAGAAAAGUCGAAUAUAUAUGCUCUUGGUGUUCUUCUAUUUGAGCUUCUAUGCCAUUGUGAGUCCAGUGAAAUGCAUGCUGCAAUGAUGGCAGAUUUACGUCAUCGUAUUCUCCCGCCAGCAUUUCUCUCAAGAUACCCAAAGGAAGCUGGAUUUUGUCUUUGGCUUCUACAUCCUGAGCCCUCCUCCCGACCAACAGCUAGAGAAAUACUGAAGUCUGAGUUGAUAUGUGUGGAGGAUCCAGUUAAAUCGACUGCGGCUGACGAGGAGAUAUCUGAGCUGUUACUUCAUUUUUUGUCUUCACUUGAAAAGCAGAAGAAGAAAAAUGCAUCUAAGCUUUUGCAAGACAUCCAAACCUUGGAGGAUGAUAUCAAAGAGGCCGAGCGAAGAUAUUCUUCAAAAGCAUCGCUGGUGAGAUCUCAUGAAAUUAUUGAAAGCAAAGUGCAAUCAUCUCCCAUAGGCGAGCGCUGUACAACUACUUCUGGCGCCUUGUUUGUACCAACUGCUAAUACAGACAGGCUGAUGAGUAAUAUUCGUCAACUUGAAGAGGCAUAUUUCUUCAUGAGGUCACAAAUGAAGUUAUCGGAUUCUGCGGCUAGUGCCCGUUCUGACAAAAGCCUUCUAAAGGACAAGGACAAGUGGUCUGAAAACCAAAAUAAGGAUCAGGAUGCAAGAACCAAAGGAAAAUCGUCAGAUCAACUUGAAGUGUUUUUCGAGGGGCUGUGCAAAUUUGCUCGGUAUAGCAAGUUCGAAACCUGUGGAACAAUCAGAAGUGGAGACCUUUUAAACUCCGCCAGUGUGGUCUGCUCAUUGAGUUUUGACCCUGAUGAGGAACACAUAGCAGCUGCUGGGAUAUCAAAGAAAAUCAAGAUUUUUGACUUCAACGCAUUUAUGAAUGAAUCUGUCGGUGUUCAUUAUCCACUAGUAGAGAUGGUCAACAAAUCGAAAUUAAGCUGCGUUUGCUGGAAUAGUUACAUCAAAAACUACUUGGCCUCGACUGACUAUGAUGGUGUAGUCCAGAUAUGGGAUGCUGGGACUGGACAAGGAUUUUCCCAAUACACAGAACACCAGAAGAGAGCCUGGUCAGUUGAUUUUUCUCCAUCUGACCCUACAAAAUUUGUCAGUGGAAGUGAUGACUGUUCAGUAAAGCUUUGGAGCGUCAAUGAGAAACGGUCAUUAGGAACAAUCUGGAGUCCAGCAAAUGUGUGUUGCGUGCAAUUCUCUGCAUAUUCCAAUCAUUUACUGGCAUUUGGUUCAGCUGAUUACAAGGUCUAUUGCUAUGAUCUUCGUUACGUCAAAACUCCUUGGUGCACAUUGGCUGGCCACGAGAAAGCUGUUAGCUAUGUUAAAUUCAUGGAUUCAGAGACCAUUGUCACUGCUUCCACUGAUAACUCUCUCAAGCUUUGGAAUCUCAACAAGACAAACUCCACUGGUUUGUCUACUGGUGCUUGUUCAAUGACGUAUAAAGGACAUACAAAUCAAAAGAACUUUGUCGGAUUAUCGGUCUUGGAUGGAUACAUUGCCUGUGGUUCAGAGACCAAUGAGGUAUAUAGUUACUAUAGAUCCUUACCAAUGCCAAUGACUUCAUACAAGUUUGGAUCAGUGGAUCCCAUAUCUGGAAACGAAUACUUUGAUGACAAUGGACAGUUUGUGUCGAGCGUCUGUUGGAGAAAGAAAUCGAAUAUGCUUGUAGCUGCGAAUUCUACUGGAAACAUGAAGCUACUAAAACUGGUUUGACAUUUGUGGGCGAGUGAGUUCUUUUGGAAAACAAAUCUCUCAAGUCUGUAUCUAAGACAACAGUUUGACUUGAACCUACGUUUUUGUCCUGGAAAACGUUGAUCCCUAUAUGACCGUGACAGGUUAUGGUUGGCAACCAAAUCUCAGAGAAGUUGAAGCAAAAAAAAAGCUGUCUAUGUCUUUGAUAAUAUAUGAUUCUUCUUCAUAUGUAACUGUAUAUGAGAUGAAAGUUCUCAGAUUCUUCGGAAAGUGACUCAGAUUUGGUCUUGCACAAACAAGUUCGGCUCAAUGUGUAAUGAUUAGAGGUAUAUAAUCUGUACAAGUGUGUUCGCAUAGCUUAUUUAUGUAAUUGUUGUUGUUGGAUAUUACUGCUAGAGAUAAUAAAGCGAGAAAAGAGGUCUCUGAUUUAUUA